AUGUCUGCGGGCUCUGCGCUUCCUGCUUCUUCUUCAGCCGGAGGUCGGAAAGGACGAGUGGGGAAGAGGACGUGUCGUGACUUGAGAGGAGAUAAGAUGAUGGGACUCUUCUGCCCCUCGGUCCUGGGGGCCCACUGCCAGCAGAAUUCAGACAAGGAGAGAGAGAAGCGCUGGGUCGAGCUCUUCGACCAAUUUGACGUCAACAAAGACGGCCACAUUGACAUAAGUGAACUGCGGGCUGGACUUGCAGCUCGAGGGCUUUCCAGAGGCUCAUUGGAGAAAAUUGUAGCGGCUGGCGACACAAACCAGGAUGGUGUCCUGGACUUUGAGGAGUUCAUGCAGUACCUGCGUGACCAUGAGAAACAGCUCAAACUCAUGUUUCGGAGCUUGGAUCAAAACAAUGAUGGUCACAUCGAUGCCGCAGAGAUACAACACUCUCUCCAGACCAUUGGUGUGACCGUCAGUCUCAGGGACGCAAACAGGAUUUUAACAAGUAUGGAUAAGGAUGGCACAAUGACAAUAGACUGGAAUGAAUGGCGUGACUACUUCCUCUUUAACUCAGUGUCCAACAUGGAGGAUGUAGCUCGAUGCUGGAAACGCUCAGUGAUGCUGGACAUAGGUGAGCAGAUGACUGUACCAGAUGAAUUCACAGAGGAAGAGAAGAAGUCUGGUUAUGUUUGGCGCCAGCUUAUGUCAGGAGCAGUGGCUGGCUGUGUCGCCCGGACAGCAACUGCUCCCUUAGAUCGACUCAAAGUCUUUCGACAAGUGCAUAGCUUUUCGUUUUUCUCUGGAAAUGUACUGAGUGGUUUACGGUAUAUGCUGAAAGAGGGAGGAGUUUUGUCUCUGUGGAGAGGCAAUGGCAUGAACGUUCUCAAAAUUGCUCCUGAAACAGCCAUCAAAUUCACAGCUUAUGAACAUAUCAAGUCAGUUAUACAUGGCCAUAAUCAGACAAGACCCCUGAGGAUUUAUGAACGCUUUCUCGCAGGAUCUUUGGCCGGAGCUACAGCACAGACUGCCAUCUAUCCAAUGGAGGUUCUAAAAACUCGACUGACACUUCGCAAAACUGGGCAAUACUCAGGAAUGGCCGAUUGUGCCAAAAAGAUCCUGCAGAAAGAAGGUGUCUCUGCAUUCUACAAGGGUUAUGUGCCAAACUUACUGGCAAUAGUUCCGUAUGCUGGAAUUGACCUAGCUGUAUAUGAGACACUGAAGUUUGCAUGGCUCAAUCGAAACAGUAGUGUGGUGGACCCUGGAGUGAUGGUUCUUGUGGGAUGUGGUGCAGUCUCCAGCACUUGUGGACAAUUGGCAAGCUACCCCCUGGCUCUGAUUCGCACACGCAUGCAGGCACAAACUUCAGUGAAGGGAUCUCCAAAAGUGUCCAUGUUGGCCUUACUGCAAAACAUAGUCUCAAAGGAGGGGGUAACUGGAUUAUACAGAGGAAUUUCACCUAACCUACUGAAAGUCAUCCCGGCAGUCACAGUUUCAUAUGUCGUCUACGAAUACACUAGGAUAUUUUUGGGAGUAGAGAUUGAGGGUGGUAUAUAG